AUGAAUGGAAUAUUUGCCAUUGAGAAGCCAAGUGGUAUCAGUUCGAAUCAGUUUCUUCAAAAAUUGAAGCAUGCAUUGACUAAAAGUCAAGUUUUUUCAAAGGAAGUUCAACGAGCUGUAGCUGAAAGAGCGCAGCAAUACCAGAAGGAAACCGGUAGAAAGCCUAGUAAACAUAAGCUUCGUAGAGUAUCCCAAAUUAAAAUGGGUCAUGGUGGGACUCUAGAUCCAAUGGCUUCAGGUGUUAUGGUUAUUGGCAUUGGAAAUGGUACCAAAAAGUUAGCGGAAUAUCUAUCUGGCACUGUAAAGGUUUAUGAAGCUGAAGCACUAUUUGGUGUUUCGACCACAUCAGGUGAUGUUGAAGGUGAUAUUUUGAGUCAAAAUUCAGUUAAGCAUUUAAACAUUGAAGAUCUAAAAUCUAUACAAGAUAAAUUUGUGGGGCUGUUGAAGCAAACCCCUCCGAUUUAUGCCGCCUUAAAGAUGAAUGGUAAACCUUUAUACGAAUAUGCACGUGAGGGAAUUCCUCUUCCUAAAGCCAUUGAACCAAGAGAAGUAAAUGUGUAUGAAUUGAAACUCUGUUCUGAUUGUUUGUCAACUGAUCACGGUUACAAUAUUUUAAGACCCGCUUCAGAUGAAGUUAAAAGCACUAUAUCCAAAUUAAAUGCCAACUUGAGUGAAGACACCUUGUAUUUUUCAAAAGAGUACUGUGAGAAACAAGGGUGGGAGGAUCAAUGUGCUCGAGUUGGACCUCCGAUUAUGCUAACUGAAGAAGAACGUGAAGUUAUGGAAAAACUGGGUAAUAGUUAUAGAGCUCCGUUGUUGCAUUUUAAAACCAAAGUGUCAUCUGGUACCUAUAUUCGUUCCUUAAUUAGCGAUAUUGGUAAAGCAAUGAAAACGUCGUCCUACAUGGUUAAGUUGAUACGAUGUGAACAACAACAUUGGUCAUUAAGUAAGAAUAAUGUUUUCAAACUUGAAGAUUUUACCAAUUUAGAUGAAAGGGUUUGGCGACCAGUGCUUUGUAGAGUGUUGGAACUUGGUUCUGAAGUGAACGUACAAGAGGAGUUGCGAAAACUUAAAGAGGAAGUUGGCGCAGAAACCCUUAAACAGGCUUCAGAGGUAGAUACUGAAAUAAUUAAUCCUGCAGACCCCAACCGCGACGCCAACAGUGACAUACAAAGUGAACGGUUAAAAAAGAGAAAGAUAGAGGAAAUUUGA